UGCCUUUUCCAGGGGCCUCUCUAUACAGAGGCAGGCAGAUGGUCUAACUGGCCCCUGGAGAUCUCCCACACCCGAGGCGGGCGAACUCGCGCAGGCCUUGCGGGGGGCCAGAGCUUCGAGGUUCGUAGGUGGGGGAGGAGCGAGGGGCGUUCCGAAGACUCCAGCCAGGCCUCUCUCCCGAGCCCAGCCGAGAUUACAGCUCAUCUCGCGAGAGCCUGAGCAAGGCCCGGCUGCGGGCGGCGGGGGCGGGAUGUUGGCGGAACACUCUAGACCGCGCCCCCUCUGGCGCAGCUGGCAGAGGCGCUGGCGGGAGUGGCCGGCGGCGCGCACGCGCAGGUGAGCCGGGAAGGCGCGGGGGCACGAGGGCGGGGGGCGGGGCUUUGCGUCGCGCAGCGGGCACGUCUCUGCGCGUCCUCAGUAUUUAAUGUCUCUGUGUUCCACGGGUCUGGGCGAGCACGUGGGGGAGCGGCCGGACUGCAACGCUGCGGGACCGGCCUGGCAGAGGGGCAGAGGCGGGGGCCGAGGGGCCAGGGGCGGAGGCGGCGCGAGGACUGUGCAUCCCGACGGUCGCCGAGGAGCUGGGGACCGGGUUCGAGCCCUGGUCCGGGAAGAUUCCACAUGCUGAGGAGCAACUAAGCCCGUGCACCACAACUACUGAGCCUGCACUCUAGAGCCCGCGAGCCACAACUACUGAGCCCUCAUGCCACAACUACUGAAGCCCGCGUGCCUAGAGCCCGUGCUCCGCAACCAGAGAAGCCACCGCAAUGAGAAGCCCGCGCACCGCAAUGAAGGGUAGCCCCCGCUUGCCGCAAGUAGAGAGAGCCUGCGCGCAGCAGUCAAGACCCAAUGCAGCCAAAAAUAAAUAAAUUAAUUUUUAAAAAAAGAAUUUCUAGUUUGUGUGUGUGGAAACGGAGGCCCUGAGGAAGGUAUAAUUACUUCAGGCCUCCAGGAUGGCGAUCCAGUUCCGCUCACUUUUCCCCAUGGCACUGCCUGGAGUGCUGGCGCUCCUCGGCUGGUGGUGGUUUUUCUCUCGUAAAAAAGAGCACAUCAGCAGCCACAACAGACAGAUGGGGGCCAGCGCUGUGAAGCUGAGGGCUGGCCCUGCCACGGAGGACGCGCUCCCCGUGGAGGACCCCGGUCCUGGAGCAGCGGCCCCGUGCCCUGCUGCCACCCAGCCGCCUGAGAGGGAGCUCCCCACCGCCAGCAAGCCCCCUGUGGAGCCGCCGGCCCUGCUGCGGGCACACCCGGCCUACCGGCGACCAGAGUCCUCGGGCGGCCUUCCCAACACCACGGACACGAGGUUUCGACCAGGACCACGCAAAGAGGACAGUGCAAGGGUGGAGCUCGCUCUGACGGGUGACGAAGCCAAGUCUGCUCCUCUAGAGUGUCCCCUGCCGUCCCCAAAAGGCGUUCCGUUCCCCCACGAAGCAGCCGAGGUGUGUAAUCGAGAGACCGUGAUGGGCAGGCCGGCCGGGUGGCGCCAGCAGGGCCAGUCUGCAGCCCCCGCAGAGAAGGUGGGCCCCGGGGAGAGGACCAGGGAGAUGGGUGGCGCCGAAGGCACAGGUGAUGCGGUGAUGGGAGAAAACGUGCUGGAAGAAGGUCCCGUGUCCCGGGAGCAGGGCCCCGAGUUGCCGAGCAGCAGAGCCCCCAGCCUGGCUCCCUUGGGAGGAGGGGGAGAGAAGGGGAGGAGCAGCCUGCUGGCGGUGGACGAGGACCCCGUGGGGAAGUUGCCGAGGAGCUUCGUGGGGUCGGCCCACUCGGAGCUGGCGACGCCCCACGAGACGCCAGCCCCCCGGGUCAGGGGGAGCAGAGGCUGGGAAGGAGACUUCAGCCGGGAGCUGGGCAAGGAAGAGACCUUGGACAGAAACGAGAAGGUCGAGCAGGCUGCCUUCCAGAUCAUCUCCAGAGUGAUCUUGGAGGCCACCGAGGAGGUGCUGAGCACCAGGAUGGGCAGGAUCGCGGGUCGGAUGUAUCAGGCCUCGGCCGCUCAGCUCCGAGGGCCGAAGGAGGAGAGCUGUGCCCGAGGCAGCCAGAAGACUGCCCUGGGCCAGGGUGCCGCGGAGCCCGCUCUGGCCACAGCGGAGGCAGCCGCGGGCCCGGUGGACGCCGCCUUCCCCUCCGCAGACCUGCUGGCAGAGCAUCUGCCACCACCAAAGACCUGCGUGAGCUGCCUGACCAGCCCUCUGUCCAGCCCCACCAAGGACAGGAAGCCAAAGAGCUCCACGCACCACGUCUCCCUGGCCCCCUGCCCUCCACCGCCUGCCUCCCUUGGAGAGUCACUGGACGAGGCAGGCAUCCUGGCAGAAGAUGCCGCUUGUGUCACCUGCGUGUCCAACAACGGCCAGGGUGUCCCCUCCGUGGCCUCCUCUGGGCAGUGCUCAGAUUCUGUCAGCACUUCGGGGCUUGAAGACUCUUGUACAGAGACCACCUCCAGCCCCAGGGACAAGGCUGCCACCCCGCUGCUGCCAGAAAGUACUGUGCCCUUCAGCAACGGGGUGCUGAAAGGGGAGCUGUCGGACCUGGGGGCUGAGGAUGGAUGGACCGUGGAUGCGGAAGCAGAUCAUUCGGGAGAAGCUCUUUCGGGGUAAGUGCCCAGAGAAUGGCCACAGCCUUGAAUCCUUGCGGGAGGCUCGCGCCUUCCUGCGUGUUGCUGUCACCUAUUACUUCGCAGAGAACCUCAGCCAUUUCCUUUCUGUGCAGCUGCAGUUCCACCCCCGGGAAGGGGGCACUUGGGUAACGAAGUGUCCGCUGGGUUUUUCGAGUGCUGACCCCAGCGUAGACAGUUCAGACUUGCUAAAACUUGCGGUCAGCAGCUCCUGUCCCUGGUUUUGCAGCUUCCCUGGGGUAUUUUCAUUUAUCUCACGGAAAGAGGCCAUGGACUCCCUCCGUGGGUAUCCAGCUUGCUUGUCCUGCAGCCGCUCCCUACCGUUUCGGCUCCAGGAAGGUUGGGACUCUGGGGAAUUUUACUGCUUUCAGCGGCAUUUGGUGUGUACCACACGCUACAAGUUGUCACCUGUAAGAUGCUAUUUAUUGUUGAUUAAGACACUACUGUUGUGCGUGAACCUCUAAAAGAAAAGAAAUGCU